CUUACAUGACAAAGCUGUGAAGUCAAAUUUAACUACCAGCAGCCAACCAGAACAGAAGUGAUGAAAUAAAGAACUUUGCUGAGCUUAAUGAAGAUGAGAAAAUUUUUCUUCAUGCUGACCAGGAGCAAUUUUUUACUGAAAAAUUCAUUGAGAGUCAAAAAUCCAACAGCACGAAGUCCCAACUCAUUAAGUAUCAGAAAACUUCUGAAGUAGAGAAAAUGCAUGUAUGCAGUGAACAUGGGAAAGCCUUCAUCAGGAAGUCUUUCCUCACUGAUCAUCAAAUCAUUUAUACAGGAGAGAAACCACAGAGAUGCAGUCUAUGUGGGAAAGCCUUCUCUAAAAAUUUCAAGCUCACUGAACAUUAUCAGACAACUCAUAAAGGACAAAAACCAUAUAAAUGGAUGGAAUGUAGCAAAGGCUAUCUGUGGGAAUCAGUGCUGAAAAGACACCAGAAAACUCACAGAGGAGAGAAACCCUAUGUAUGCAGUGAAUGUGGAAAAGUCUUCUUCAAGAAGGCAGAUUUCAAAAUUCAUCAGCGAAUUCAUACUGGAGAGAAACCCUAUAUAUGUAGUGAAUGUGGAGAAGGCUUCAUCCAGAAGGGAAAUCUCAUUACUCAUCAGCAAAUACAUACUGGGGAGAAACCCUAUGUAUGUAGUAAAUGUGGUAAAUCCUUCAUUCAAAAGUCAUGCCUUAUAGGGCAUCAGAGAUUUUACACAGGAAUGACUCCCUUUUUAUGUAGUGAAUGUGAAAAAUUUUAUUCUCAGAAGUCAAGUCUCAUUGAACAUCAAAGAAUUCACACAGGAGAGAAACCAUUUAAAUGCAGUGAAUGUUGGAAAGCCUUCAACGCAAAACGAAAGCUCAAUGUACAUCAAAGAUCUCAUAAAGAAGAGACAUCCUAUGGCUGCAGUGAAUGUGGAAAAACUUUUACCUCCAUAUGUUGGCUUGUUAAACAUAAAAGAAAACACACAAUUGAGAAACGUAUAAAUUCAGUCAAGGUGGAAGACCUUUCCACGGGGAGGCCCAGCUCAUCACAUGCUGGUGAUCUUAUGCAGGAGAGAAGACCUGUUAAUACAGUGACUAUGCAAAUACCUGCUGUGGCAGCUCAGACAUCAGUAAACAAUAGUAGCCUCCUAACAAAUAGGAAUGUUGUCCUUGUGGGACAACCUGCUGAUAGAUGUGCACCCUCUGGAGAUAACAGAGAAUUUGUACAGGAGAGAAUCCUUAUCAAUGCAGUGAAUGUGGUAAUGCCUUCAAUGUUCAAUUAUAUCUUAUUUCAUGACACACAAAACCCAUAGGACAAACUCAUACAUUCACUGGGGAAUAGGGAUGAGCAAAAAUCUUUACCUCAUUGUAUGGCUACAAACUGUAACCUGAGGGAAAUAAAUCAUAUGAAUGCAGACACUGGAAAAACCUGAUACACUCAUUCUGUAUAAAUAUGUGCAUUGAUAUCAAGACAUAAUCUAAUUUUAACCUAAAUGCAUAAACAUCAAUUGCUCUAUUGUGUCAAUUAAACGAAUGAAAGUCUGAGUUCACAUUAGUACAUUCGUAGACAGAAUAAGUAAUGUGAAUUAUUUAAACAGAAAAGAUAAUAGUAUCUGGAAUGUUGCUCGUUGUUAGUUGCUGUGGUGUGGUGAAUUACUUAAGAUGGCCCUUCUAGCCAUAGUGUGGAGCCCUGGUGGCACAGUGGUUAAAAGCUUAGGCUGCUAACCAAAAGGUUGGCAGUUCAAAUCCACCAGCCAAUCCUUGGAACCCCUACAGGGCAGUUCUACUCUAUCCCGUAGGAUUGCUAUGAGUUGGAAUUUACUCAACAGCAGUGGAUUAGCCACAGUGUUUGUAACUCUAACCAAAUGACUUGUGGGUUUAUGCAAAUGAGGUGCUUGUACCCAUCAAGGGGAUUGGAUAGCUUACUGUUAAUGUAAAUAAGGUACAUGGCACCCUUUUGGAGAUGGGACAAUAUAAAUAAGGUAUAUGUAACCUAAUGGGUGAAUUGGACAGUUUUGCCAUCUACCUAGGCUUUAAGGGAGACACAGAGACAGAGAGAGAGGAGCUGUAACAUAGAAGACAGAGGCAGAAGAGUUAGCAGAACCAGGACAGAAGUAGAGCUGCAACAUUGGAGGCGGUGAGAAGCAGUGGCAGAGAAACAGCACCAGGAGACCGCCAGGAGAUGGCAUAGUGGGCUUCCCAGCCCACAGAGUGAGAAAGCUGGGUGUCAUUGGGCAGGAGGCUUGCCAACCCAGUAGGGUGCCUCUGGGCACUUGGUGGAGCUAGGUUUGCCAACCCAUGGAGCUAGAGCUGAGAGCCACGGGGCCGAGGCUUACUAGUGGAAUGCGGUGUGCCUGGACACUUAUCACCAGAGCUAAAAGAGCUUUGUAACAGUCACCCAAGCAGGGCAGAAGCUGAGCCAAGAGCCAGAGAGAGAACUUCCUGUAGGCACAGUGGAGAAGAGGCUGUUCUGAUCGAAAAACUGUAUCCUCAGCAUCCCUGAACCAUAAACUGUUACUUCUAUAAUAAACCCAAUAACUAUGAGUAUGGUCUGUUAAGUUCUGUGUGGCCAUUGCAAAAAAAAAAAAAAUAAUCAAAUCCAGCAGAGAAGUAGAGAGACUCUGGGAGCAAUGGUUGAUGGUUGGUUGCAGAAUUGGUAAAGAUGGCAGAGAAAGGAGGUAUGUCUGAUGUCUGCUUCAUAGGUAUCGGCCUUGGGCUGUUGAUCAUUUGCUUUUGAUUUUUUUUUAAUUGUACUUUAGAUGAAGGUUUACAGAGCAGAUUAGUUUCUUAAUGAACAAUUAAUACACAUAUUGUUUUGUGACAUUGGCUGCCAACCUCAUGACAUGUCAGCACUCUCUCCUUCUUGACCUUGGAUUUCCCAUUAUCAGCUUUCCUGUCCCCUCCUGCCUUCUUGUCCUUGCCCCUGGCCUGGUGUAUCCAUUUAAUCUUGUUUAAUAGGUCUGUCUAAUGUUGGCUGAAGGGUGAACCUCAGGAGUGACUUCAGCACUGACUUAAAAGGGUAUCUGGGGGCCAUAAUCUCAGAAUUUCUCCGAUUUCUGUCAGACCAGUAAGGCUGGUCUUUUUUUGGGAGUUAGAAUUUUGUUCUACGUCUUUCUCCAGCUCUGUCUGGGACCCUCUAUUGUGAUCCCUGUGAGAGCAGUUGGUGGUGGUAGCGGGGAACCAUCUAGUUGUGCUGGCUGAGAGCUGGGAUGGCAGAGAAACCGAGCUGCGUGGGAGCUGAGUGGUUAGGAAGGUGCUACACUGCCUGUGAGAUUGGCCAGUUAGCAAGUAGCAGCCAAUGGCAGGAGGCCAACAGCAGAAGGCCCUGUCAGCAGAGAAGGCUAAUGGCAGAGAGCAUCUGUGAGAGCUGAGCAUGCUGCUCCACUGGCUGUGAGCUGGGCUAGUUUGCAGUGAAGGUACAUUACAGCUGAGAGGCCCAAUAUAGAGAGCACCUAAGAGCUGAGCAACCUGAUACGCUGGCUGUGAGCUAGGCCAGUUAGUGGCUGAGAGGCCGUAUAUGGAGGUGCUGAUGGUGGAGAGGCCUAAUGGCAGAGAGCACUUGAGACACCUGAGCAGGUUGCUACACUGUCUGUGAGCUGUGGAUAGGCCGAUGGUAGAGAGGCCAAUCAUGGAUUGGCUGACAAGAGAGACCCAAGGACAGAGAGCUGAUUCUAAAAGCACCAGGGGAGAGAGCUGGCUGGUCUGCUAUACUGAUUGUGAGCUGGGCCAGCUAGCAGCAGAGGGUCCUAUGGUGGACAGCCAGUGGCAAAGCAGCCAGAUGGUAGAGAGGCUCUGACAGCAGAGCACUGAGGUCCUCAUCUAGAAUUGUAACAGCAUGGAACAUUUUUGCUGUAAGGGUUAUCUUGCAAGUAAGCUGUCCAGUCUGACCAGUUGCAUCAUAGUUGUGUCUUGUUACUUUUAAGUUGAUCCUGAUUCUAAGCCUUAGCCUCUUACCUCCCUAAUAAACCACGUAACUGUGACUGUGGUCUGCGAGUUCAGUGUAGCCAUUGCAAUGAGUUAACAAACCAAGCAGAGAAGUAGGGCAUGCCAUACAGCAAAUUGCCAGUGUCAAAAAUGGUAAAGAAGUUGGAUGACAGGAGUAUGUCUAACCACCAUCUCAAAGGAACCAGCUUUUUGCUGAUCUUAUCUCUUAUCCCUCAAGUAUUUAGACAAAUCCUUAUGCUGCACCACAGCUAUCC